CAGCCGUACAGAUCGUACUGUGUCUGUAGCGUUUUCUCAGCCACUGUACUACUGUGAAUUUUUACAGAAACUGAGAAGUCAAUCACAGAUUUUCAUAUUAUUCAUGACUUAUGAGUAUCAGUUUUAGUGGCAAGCUGGCAACUAAAACUACCAAGAAUUCAAGGCAUUAUACUCAGAUUAUAGAGACAAGUGUCAAAUUUUCGGAAAAUAUGGCUAAAUCUUCCGGAAGCGGUCCCGAAGGACAACCCGCCCAUGUGAAUUUAUUCCAGGAUAUUACUGGAGAUGAUUCAGAAGUUACAGAAAUCGAGAGCUUAUGUGUAUCGUGUGAGAAAAACGGCACCACGCGGCUUUUACCAGUUAAGAUUCCGUUUUAUAAAGAAGUCAUCGUAUCUUCGUUUUCGUGUCCCCACUGCAACUAUUCAGACAACUCUGUCAUGGAAGGAGAAGUAAUCCAGGAGCAGGGCAUUGAAUUCCAGCUGAACGUUAAAGAACAGCGAGAUCUGGAUCGUACCGUUGUGAUGUCAGAAACUGCCUCCCUAAAAAUCCCAGAACUGGACUUUGAAGCGCCUUAUCGUAGACAGACUUUCGGCAUAACUACUAUUGAAGGAGUUAUUGUUAAAGUGAAAGAAAUGCUGCAGAAAUACUUAGAAGCUCGCAAAGGAACCGACUCCGAAGAGGACCUCGCACCGAUUGCCGCCUUUAUUGGAAAAGUUGGAAAACUCCUGGUGGUGGAAUCAACUUUUCAUUUGAUCAUAGAUGACCCGAGUGGAAACAGCUUCAUACAGAACCUGAACGCUCCCAACAUUGAUCCGGAACUGACCAGUACGAAAUACAACCGGACUCCGGAGCUUGAUGUGCUUUGUGGUCUAGCGCCACAUGAUGAUUCCACUAAUGAGGAUAAUGUCCACGACGAGGUUCUUGUGUUUCCAGCGACGUGUUACAAUUGCAGCGCAGCAUGUGAAACAAAUAUGAAGAAUGUUCAAGUGCCUCAUUUUAGCGAAAUUUUGAUCAUGUCGACGGUAUGCGAUACAUGCGGUUGGCGUAAUAAUGAAGUUAAGCCAUCGGGUGGUAUUGCAACCGAAGGUGUUCGCAUUACUCUGACAAUAUCUUCACCGGAAGACUUGAGUCGGGACGUUGUAAAAUCAGCAACGUGUGCUUUGGAGAUACCAGAAUUAGAAUUUGAAUUGGUUCCCAGUGAGCAUUCCAGCCGGUUCACCACCAUCGAAGGGCUUCUUAUGAACAUCAAAACUUUGGUGAACGAUAAUCCUUUUGCACGCGGAGAUAGUGCUGAUCCUGAGGUUAUACAAAAGAUUGCUCGUUUUGUGGAAAAGCUCGACAGCGUUGUAGCAGGAAAAUCGGAAGUUCAUUUAGUUCUUGAUGAUCCCGCUGGCAAUGCCUUUGUGGAGGCCAUGCCUAAUUUUGAGCAAGACCAGAACCUUAAAAUUGAACGCUAUAAACGGACACGUGCCCAAGAUGAGGAACUGGGGAUAACGGAGAUGAAAACCGACAAUUAUGAAGAACACGCAAAACAGCAUGAAUGAAAACUGUCAUCGGAUCAAAGCUCUGAUACUUACGUUAGAGUAGUGAUUUUUAGUUUUUUAAUUUGUUGGAAGCGGUGCGGUGAUGUGGGCUGCAGACGCGAUGUCUCUUGUUCUACCGUGUGCGUCGAAUUAGUGUGACUCGAAAAAAUUGAAACAAAUUAAUCAAAGGUUA